CACAUUUUAAUAGGUUCUACCAUUUUGGAUCGUGCCGUUACUGAGCAUAAUCUACUGUCGGCAAGCAAGCUAUACAAUAAUAUUACUUUUGAAGAACUUGGAGCACUUUUAGAAAUACCACCAUCUAAGGCAGAGAAGAUUGCUUCGCAAAUGAUAACAGAAGGAAGAAUGAAUGGAUAUAUCGACCAAAUAGAUUCUAUCGUUCAUUUUGAGACACGCGAAGUAUUACCUUCAUGGGACAAACAGAUACAGAGUCUGUGCUUUCAGGUGAAUAACAUCAUCGAAAAAAUAUCUCAGCACGAGUCGGACUGGAUGACGCAGAUCACGGAGGAGCAGAUGGUUCACUAACGAACGAGACUCCGAUCGACUUUGGCUCUGCUAUAUGUAUAGUUUCUCAAUAAAACUAAUUAUACAAAAUAUCUGUUUUUAUAUGAAAACGACUUAAAAUGAUUGUUAUAGAAGUAACAAGAGAGUAUUCUUUAUUUAUAACAUUUAGUCUGAUAUUUCUGCUUAAUCUACAUUUAUGUUUGGAGAUGCUGUUUUACAUUUGAUUUUUGGGUUCUAGUAAGUUAUUAAAGUCAAAUGUUACUGCAGUUAAAUAUUAUAGUAAGAACAGCUGAGUAUAAUGAGCUUAAUCUUUAGUUUCUGACAGAAUUCAUUGAUAACAUAAAGCUUUAAAACAUUUUAUUAUUUGAACAAUGCAUCUGUUACAAAGUAUUUUAAUCUUAUUUUCUUAUUAAUUAGUUAUUUCUCAGUUUUAAUAUAAAUUUAUUUCCAUGAAAUAAUUGUUAA